AACCGAACCAUGCCGGAGUGCGUCUCCGUGUCGGAGUUCGUGCAGGAGGUUCAGGAGGACUGGAGCUCCCCCACCACCUCGUCCUUCACCUCCAAGAUGAUGGGCUGCAGGAACACGGUCUACCUGCUGGAGGAGGCCCUGGACAGUGACCGGAUGGUGUUACAGAAGAUGAAGAAAGCAGCAAAAGCCAAGUACGCAUCAGGGCAAGACCACGUGUCUCACCUGGAGCAGUACAUCAACUCCAUGGAGAAGCUCGCUGUAAACUGUCACUCCAACGGAGAGGCGGAGGUUUGCUCGGCCUUCUGUCGCCUGGCGGACUUUUCCAAAGAGCUCAUCUCGCCCAUGAAGAACCUGUUGAAGAGCAUGCUACACAACAUCAACUUCUUCCUGGACUCUCUUGUUAAAGGAGACCUGAGGGAGGUGAAGGGGGAUCUGAAAAAGCCUUUUGACAGAGCUUGGAGGGAUUAUGAGAGCAGAUUCAAGCAGGUGGAGAAGGAGAAGAGGGAGUUAGCACGGCAGUAUGGGAUGGUUAGGAGCGAGGUGAGUGGAGGAGAAAUCGCUGAGGAGCUUGAGAAGGAGAGGCGCUCCUUCCAACUGAGCAUGUGCGAGUAUCUCAUUAAGGUAAACGAGAUAAAGACAAAGAGAGGAGUCGACCUGCUUCAGAACCUCAUCAAGCACUACCACAGCCAAAACAAUUUCCUGCAGGAGUGCGUCUCCACCACUCAGAGGUUGAAGCAGUACAUGGAGGAGCUGAACGGAGUGCUGAUCACGGUGAAGCAGCGUCAGGAGGAGGAGAAGCGGCAGCUGUGCUCCCUCAGAGACCAGCUGAGGCCGGUCGUCCACGCAGAGCAGGACUCUUUACCUAAGCAGGUGUACAGUAUGCACCAGCUGCUGGGAGACAAACAGUACGGAACAGAGAGAACAGGAUUCCUCUACAAGAAGAGCGAUGGUUUGAGGAAAAUGUGGCAGAAGAGGAAAUGUUCAGUUCACAACUGUUACCUCACCAUCGCACACGCUACUCCGAAUAAACCUCCAACCAGACUGAACCUGCUCACCUGUCAGGUUAAACCCAGCGUGGAGGACAAGAAAUGCUUUGACCUCAUCUCUCAUAAUCGAACCUACCACUUCCUGGCUGAGGAUGAAGCCGAGUGUGUGGCAUGGAUCUCGGUGCUCAGUAACAGUAAGCAGGAAGCUCUGAGCAUGGCUCUGGAUGGGAGCAGGAGAGGAGGAGGAGCUGAAAGCAGCGUCGAGGACCUGACCCGGGCCAUCACCGACGACAUCCGCCGGAUGCCUGGAAACAGCAGCUGCUGUGACUGUGGCACUCCAGAUCCUGGAUGGCUUUCAACAAAUCUGGGUAUCCUGACCUGUAUUGAGUGCUCAGGGAUCCACAGAGAGAUGGGAGUCCAUGUCUCCAGGAUCAAGUCCCUGAGCCUGGACAGUCUGGGGACCUCAGAUCUGUUGUUGGCCAGAAAUGUGGGGAACUCUGGUUUUAAUGAAAUACUGGAGGCAAACCUCCUGAGUCCGUCACAGAAGCCCUCCCAGCACAGCCACAUGGUGGAGCGCAAAGACUUCAUCCUGUCAAAGUACCAGGAUGUGCACUUCGUUAGGCGGAGCAACAGUUCCGCUGCGGUGCUGCGACUCGGCCUGCAGGAGGCGACAAAGAGCGGCGACAUCUACAGUCUGAUCCAGCUGUACGCUCAGAGGGCGGAGCUUAGCCAACAGCUGCACGCGCACAUACAGGAAAAAGGAGAGACGGCGCUUCACUUGGCCGUCCUGUUGGCUGACAGGACGUCGCUGCACAUCCUGGACUUCCUGGCUCAGAACUGCUCCAACGUAGAUGUGCAAACGUCAGCGGGGAACACAGCGCUGCACUACAGCUGCCUGCACAACAAGAGCGACUGCGUGAAGCUGCUGCUGAGAGCGCGAGCCAACGCACACAUCAAGAACGAGUUAGGAGAAACUGCUCUGGAUGUGAGUCGCCGGUUAAAGCACCGUGACUGUGAGGAGCUGCUGCAGCAGGUCCAGUCCGAUCAGUUCAACCAUCACAUCCACGUGGAGUACGAGUGGAGGCUCCGUCACGAUGAUCUGUACGACAGCGACGACGACUUUGAUGACAAGAAUGGUCCGGUGAAGAAGGAGCGUUACUCCUCAUCAUCAUCCUCCGUCUUCACCCCCUCCUUCUCCUUCUCCUCCCGUCCUUUCAGCUUGAGUCAGUCCUCCUCCUCCUCCUCGUCCGUCGCUCUGCCCCCCUCUGUGGGACCAGGCGGAGGUCUUCUCAGCGUGGGGAGGAGGCUGGCCAUGGCCAUGGACCUUCACAACCGUCCAUCUGGCUCCGCCCCCAGCCCGCCUCCUCCCCCUCCAUCUUCCCCUGCUCCCCCACUGCCUCCCCGGGUCAAAGCUCCCACUGUUCCUCCUCCUCCUCCUCCAGCUGGAGGAGAUGGAGUGCAGGGAGAAGAGGAGGAAGAGGGCGAAGUCUUCUUCCCCAUGACAGGAAACAGAAAAACGACUCCUCCUCCCAUCGCCGUCCGACACAAGAGGACCUGCUCCGAGUCUAAUAAACACGAUUAUGGGUUACCAACCAGCCCCAGGGUCUACAGCAGUCCAGACUCCUCCUUUAAAAAGUGCGUUCAGUCUUCACCUCUCAGCUCGCUGACUGAACGACCUGACAGAGGUUUUCAACGGACGGAAAGUGAGAGCAUCACCUCACACUUCCUGGACCCGGCCUGCAAAGCUCCACAGAACGGUUCUCCCAUCAGCCAACGCUCUCAGAGCUUUGAGAACGACAGCCGAGGCCCCGCCCCUCAGCCGCUGCCUCGCAGAUCACUGCCUCGAGGAGCGGCCAGUCGACGAGCUCAGGCUCUGUAUGACUGCCAGGCUGACCACCACGACGAACUGAGCUUUUUUGAGGGUCAGGUGCUGGUGGUACUGGGACAGGAGGACAGCGACUGGUGGCACGGUUACAUAGAGGACGAACCGGACCAGAGAGGCUUGUUCCCGUCCUCCUUCGUCCAGCUGCUCGCUGACUGACGUAAACCAGGACCAGGCCUUGAGGCCAGCACAAAUCCAGGUCGCUUCAGAAACCAGAACCCGGUGCUGAAGAGAACCAGACCAGAGGACGACACUUGAUUUAUGCUGGACCACGUCAAACGUUUGGGUCUUACAGAGCCUGUCCAGCAUCCUACAAAGUCACGUGAUCGUGGCUCAGUCAACGUUGUCAUGACAACCUCAGGCCUUUUGUAACCAUGGGAACAAUAUAAAUGACCUUUGAGUGAAAAUGUGGUUUUAUGUGACUCGGGUCAGGUCGUGUUGCCAACAAGACCACUUCACACAACAGAUCUGCUGUGACUCAGAGCUUCAAUCUCUAAUGCCUUUAUGUAUUUAUAAAUUUAAAAUAUUAAUAAUAAUAAACUAAUGAGCACACACAUGACAG